AUAUAAAUGGCAAAUGUCCAAAUGAUUUAAUAAACUGUAAGACCUAACAUAGCAUGAUGUUACGGAACUUCCGGGAAGCCAUGCACGUGAGACCGAAAGCCGGAGAUAGGUGGUUGAAGAACCGAGCAGUCGGCGUAGCGAACGAGUCUCGCGAGCUCCAAGGUCUUCCGGUUUCCUGCGGGUCAUCCGUCAUCCUGGUGGUUGUUGAUAGGUUGACAAAGUAUGCACAUUUUGGGUCGUUACCCGGGGACUUUGAUGCCCACUGGACAGCUUUCCAUUUUAUCAACAUGGAGAAGCCUAGCACGAUAGAGGUCUUGAAGUAUUGCUUCACUUCUCAAGAUGGGGAGCCUACUACAUUCGUAUUUGAAAUUGAGACACGUUAUAAUACCAUUAAGAGCCAACAAACUCAAGAGUGCGUUGGGGAUUCUUCCGAAAUGGAUGACAUUGAUGCUUAUGUGGAAGUAGCUGGUGGAGUAGUUAAAAAACGUGUGUAACACCCUAAUCCGUCCAGGUCUGCAGCCCCUUUCGGACUAAAGUAUUUAACUUGAAAAUAGUAAAAAUUUAAAACUUCUCAAACACACUUUAUAAAUCUCAAUAAUAUUUUCAUAACAUAUACAGUACAGAGUAUUCAAUAAUAUUGCGGAAGCGAA